AUGGUGACCACGAGAAACGCUAGCACUGAGGAGACGAGCGGAAUUAUACGCGCUCUGGAGAUGAGGAUGGAAGAGAUGCAGAGGAGACACGAAGAAAUGCAAAAGAAACACGAAGAGGAGAUGGCGGCCGUCCGUGCCGAGUUUCUAGCCCAGCUCCGCCAGGAGAAGGAAAAGCAGACGGGGGAAGGCAGCAAGGAGGCCCACAGUAGUGCACGGGGUCAGGGUGACCAAGAGAAAGGGAAGCAGAAGAGUACCGAGGAAGAAGAGAGGGAGAAAGGAGAGGAAAGUUUGGUGUUGGUUAAGUCGGAGAUGCCGUCGGUACCGGUGCCGUUCGUCCAAGCGGUAAUGGACGUCCGUAUUUCGGAUCAGUUCAUUCCCCCACAAUUCAAGAUGUACGACGGUACCGGUGAUCCCGACGCACAUGUCAAGUCAUUUACUAAUGCCAUGGCCUUCCGGACAGGAAGUGAUGCCAUCUGGUGCCGGGCAUUCUCAUUGUCCCUUGAAGGCGAAGCUUUAGAGUGGUUCAACUCCAUACCUAACGGCUCGGUAGAAAACUUCAAGGGACUAAGCGGCAUGUUCAGCGAUCAAUUCGCUGCAUGCCGACCACAAGAUACUACUCUGGUUGAUCUGAUGAAUCUGAAGCAAGGAAAAGAGGAGGCACUUAGAACCUUCAUGGAACAAUUCACCAAAGCGGUCCGGCGGGUCAGGGGGCUGAGCGUGGAGAUGGCCCUGCAGUAUGUGAUGCCGACCCUUAGGCCGGGACCUUUUAAGGAGAGCGUCUAUUGGAACCCGCCUAAGACACUGGAAGAAUUACGCCAGCGGGCGGCGGACGAGGCCAGGGUGGAGGAAAUGAAACAAAAUUAUCAAAGGGAGAUGCAGGAAGCGAAGGACAAGGGCGAUGGCAAACAGGGUCAAUCGCAACGGCCAUCCGGUGCAAAGGGGCGAGACGGCCCUCAGGUCCCCCGUUUUCCCCAAUACACCCCCCUCAAUGCUCCCCGGGCACGGAUAUUGCAAGAAGCUCUAAGCACACAGAUAAUGCGUGCCCCGCAAAAACGUCCGACUCCUCCGGGAGCCGACAGCGGUAAACACUGCCUGUAUCACCAAAAUAUGGGCCAUGACACUGAAGAUUGCAUGACGCUCAAGGACCGAAUAGAGGAGCUCAUCCAGGCUGGACAUUUGAAACAAUAUAUUAGAAACCACCAGAACGAAACUGUCUCUGCCGGACGUCCGACCCCGAGAGAAAGGAGUCCAAGGUCGUCGGCGGAUAGAGGACGUAGAGAUGUCCGCCCACGAUACCCACGCGAGCACGACGAACGGGGAAGGAAUUCGGAGAGGCAAAGAGAGAGAAGCAGAAGCUGCAGCAGGAGCCGAGCAGGCGGUAAUGGGGGGCCAUUACGGGGAAUGAUUAACACGAUCUCUGGCGGGUUCGCAGGUGGGGGAACGUCGUCGUCGGCACGAAAGAGGAGCAUCCGGCACCUACGGUCCAUACACGCCGUUGACAUCCCCAAGCGAACAAUGCCUCCCAUCACAUUUUCUGAUGAAGACUUUCAUGCACCAGAUCCCGAACAGGACGAUCCUAUGGUCAUUACUGUCGAAAUUGCGCGGUAUGGAGUAAGCAAGGUGCUAGUCGACCAAGGAAGCUCGGUCAAUAUACUAUACUGGAGGACAUUCCGGCAGAUGGACAUCUCCGAGGACCUCAUCGUCCCAUACGAUGAACAACUGGUGGGUUUCGCUGGAGAAAGAGUCGACACCAGGGGAUAUCUGGACUUAUGGACGCGCAUCGGGACCGGGCGAAAGGGAGAAGAGAAAAAGGUGCGAUAUUUGCUGGUGGAUGCUAAUACAUCUUAUAACGUCCUCAUAGGACGCCCGUGUUUGAACUCCUUCGGGGCCAUCGUCUCCACCCCCCAUCUAACAAUGAAAUAUCCCACAUCUCGGGGGACGAUAUGUACCAUCCGCGCUGACCAGAAAGUGGCACGGGAGUGUUACGCAGCCGGUCUCAAAAUGUACCCCUGA